CUGAGGGAGUGAUUAAAACAAUAAAAAAAUAUUUUACAAAAGGAGACAAAAAAAAAAAUAAAUUAAUAUUUUGAAACAAAAAUAAGCGGCAACCACUGAGCUGCGUUGAGAAAAGUUCUUCAGAAAGAAAGUUUGCUCUCAAAUAAUUAUUUGUGAUCAGUUCGAAAGGAAAAACAGACAGCAUCUUUAUUUAUUAUUAUUUAAUAAAUAUAAAUAAAUAAUAAGUUAUAGUAAACAUUUUCCAUUGAAUAUACAUUGGGAGGAAGCAGCAGAAAACGAAGAAGCAUGUGAAGAAAGAAAAAGAAAGUUUACUAAACAAUCAUUAAAGUAAAUAAAAAUAAAAUAAAAUAAUUAAAAGACAAUUUUUCAAAGUGAACGGUGAUAAAACCGCAAAAAUAAAUAAAUAUAAUAAAAAAUUCAACUAAAUUCUUAGGAUGAUAUACAAAAAUAAAUAAAAAGAGUGAAAAUAAUUUCAAGUGAUAAAGUAAUAAAAAUAAAUAUAUUUAGAUACAGAAACAUAUAAAAAUAUUGAGAAUUUGAAAAAAAAAUUGAGAGAAAUUAUAUCAAAAUGUUAUCAACAGUGGAUAUGACACCGUCAGACAACCAACUUUCCCAACAUCUCUCCACAUAUUCCGAUCAAAAGUGGCCAAUUGGACUUCUCAACAUGACGAAGCUGAAACAAGAAAAUUAUUCACCAGUCAGUCACAUGGUUCAAAGUUACGAGGGUUUGAAGACGGCGACUGUGAUAGAACGUGUGCAACAACAUCCCCUGCACCAUCACAUUCAGCAUCAACAGCAAUUGCAGCAUCCGCAUGAACAAUCGCCUCCAUUGCAACAUCCAUCGCAGCAGCAACAACAACAACAACAACAGCAGCAGUCACACGUGAAAAUCGUUUCUGUCGACGAAAACAGCGGGAAUGGCAACAACAUGGAAAUGACAAACAAUAAUAUAAUCAUCGACGACAGAAAUAACGGGAGUAAUAGUAAUAAUUCGGCAGCAUCGCCAACAAUUAGCAGCUCGCCGUCAGAGAGAAAUAAUAAAUAUGCAAAGCCGCCAUAUAGUUAUGUUGCGUUGAUUGCAAUGGCGAUACAGAACUCACCAGCGAAACGGGCGACAUUAAGUGAAAUUUAUACAUUUAUCACCAAUAAAUUUCCGUAUUUUGAGAAGAACAAAAAGGGAUGGCAGAACUCGAUUCGUCACAAUUUGAGCUUGAACGAGUGUUUUGUGAAAAUUCCGCGCGAAGGAGGUGGCGAACGUAAAGGAAAUUAUUGGACGUUAGUAGACGCCCAAUACGAAGACAUGUUCGAAAAUGGCAAUUAUCGUCGACGUCGUCGGAUGAAGCGUCCCUACCGAACGGGAGCUCAUUUCUCCAAGAUGUUCGCUGACCCCUAUGGCAACGCCAAUUUCGGACAUCGCACAGUUUUUGCUCAAGCUCCGUACCAAACGUAUCCUCGUUACGAUGCUGCAGGAUGGAUGGCACCAACACAGUUAUCCACAUAUCCUCCAUGUCCCUCGAGAACGAGUUAUUCCUAUGCCGCAUCUCCGAUUCAGCAAUCGGCAGUUCCGACAAUCAACACAUACGGCAACAUGACCAACGCAUUAGAAAUCGUGCCGGGAAAUACUUCACCGACAUGUUCAAGGCGAUACGAGACAACGCCCUACCCCUAUUGGGAUUCCACGUCAAUUCCAUUACCAUCCGUGAUCAAGGAAGAAACUGUGAACCAAAUGAGCGUGACAUCGACCUCGACGCAGGAUAAUUAUCCGAAAUCUUUUGUGCCACAAGCUUAACAAAGCGUUAAUCAUCGAUUGAAUGACAAAUUUUUAGAUUUUAAGGAUUUUAAUCUUAUUAGGAAAUUUAGAAAAUAAAAUUAGGGAGCGUCGUUUUGUAUAAAAAACCAAAGAAAAGUGAGGAAAAUUAUUCGAAUGAGUUGUAAAAAAGAAAGAAAAUUUGAGAAAUAAUAGAAGAAUAGAUUGAAUUUAUAAAUAAAUUUAAAUUAAUGCAUUUUUAGCGCAUUUCAUAUAGUUAUAGGUAUUUAGACAAAAUUAAAUAAUAAUAAAAAAAAAUGUUUCGAUCAAAAAAUAAUUUUAAAUUUAAAUAAUUUAUUUACUUUC